AUGUGGAUUUAUCUUUUAAUCUUGUUCUUGCUUAUUAUCGGAUUGACGGCUUUUACGGUUUUUACAUUGGUUGUUACGAAUAGACACGUGGGGAAAGCAUUGUCGGGAAAAGGGAUUGGAGAACACAGGCUUGGAGAUUAUUCACGUUGGUUGCAGAAUUAUGUGAUUAAUGCAGAAAACUGGGAUGAAAUCAAGAAUUGUCUGGUUGAUGUGAAUUUGUGUCAGCAUUUAACGGCGAACAAGGGCGAGGAGUUUUUCAUACAUAACCUGUCUCUAAUUCAGUCGGGUUGCUGCCAACCACCAGCAUACUGUGGCUUCCAGUCCCAGAAUGCUACCUAUUGGAUAGUGCCUAAAACCGGCCCGGCCGUGCCCCAUCAAGAUUGCAAGACGUGGAGCAACGUCCAAAAAGAACUAUGCUUCGACUGUGAGUCGUGCAAGACGGCAGUAUUGAACAAUAUUAAGAAAGACUGGAGAUUUAUAGCCAUCAUUAAUUCAAUCAUCCUCGUUAUUGUAAUUAUUGUCUACUCCAUUGGAUGUUGCGCACUCAAAAGCAAUUCUUCUAGUGGAUACCAGAAAUACAGAGGCCCAGCUUAA